AUGGUCAACUCAGCGACUUCUCAAUCCAUCAGUGAUGAUAAACUACUGCAAAGCUCCUCUCAAGAAAAGGUUGUCCUCCAAUUAUUGUCGGAUGAUUCCGAUGACUCUUCUUCAUGCGUUUCUUCCAUCGUGGAUGAUGUUGCUGCUUCUUUUCAACCCUCCUUCAUCUCUAUUGUAUUUUCAGAGUAUGAGGAUGAGAAGGACCAUCGCGUAGAGAAACAAGAUCCCAAAAAGAAGACGGAAGAAGAAAUGGACCAAUCUCAUCGUCAUUUGCUACUCCUCAACGAUCACAAAGCACAAACAGUCGCUCAAUCCACGAUUGCAUAUUCAUCACCACAACGUUGUGAAGAGCGAAUAUUCCUUAGUACCUCACCCCCUCUUACAAAAACUCCCUCUCAAACGUCAUUGUCCGUCUCAGGAGGUAAUGGUCCUCAUCGAAGAGUUUCUAAAACUCUGGUCAGUCUUUCAAAAUGUUUAUUGGGAGAUUCAAAUGCGUUGAAGGUUGGAAGUCAUAUUGCUGAACGGUCGCCAUCGCCCUGUUUUGAAACUGGAUCAAGCUCCUUUACAGAUCAUUCAUUUGCAUUACCUCCCGAUUUGUUUGAAGCAGUGACACCUAGGUCACCCAACUCACCCUUUCAAGUGGCCACAUAUACAUCUUUUGAGAAUGUCUCCACAAGUCCGCUUCUUUCUUCGAGUGGAAAUAUUGAUGGAAAAGACCUCAUUGACCGAUUGACUCAAAUGAUCAAAAACAACGAAUUGAAAACCAAGAGUUCAAAUCCACCCAUUUCCUUUUCAUGUGACUAUGGAUCAAGACCAAGUUCCCCUACUUAUUUUGAAGAAAGUCGGUCUCCAUCUUCUCCAAGUCCUCAUAACAAGUGUUAUAACUCCCCUACACCUUCCUUACACUCAUGCGAUUCAUUUGCAUCAAUGAAUGCUGAAACGGUUCCAGAGGAAUUGUUUGGACCUCACGUGGUGGAAUGUGUUCUCAAUGAAAUGCUAUGGCCUCAAUACUCAUUUUGUACAUUGUGCCAUUUAGCUGCUAGGUUCAAUAGCGUAGAGGUGUUAGGUUGGCUCAAAGAUUGUUGUUGUGACGAAAAUUGUCAAACUGGUUCUUCAGAACAUCGAACGGCCCCAACUUUUGAAUCUCAAGCGUCACCAAGCAUCAGCAUAUCAACGACAAAUUCCCCAACAAUGAAUGAUAACGAUGUAAGAAUUCAAAUUAUAUCUUCAUCUCCUCCAAGGCUGUCUCUUGCAGUCAACAUUGAUAGCCAUUCUAUUCCAACAGAGUUUCAUGAUAUUGUAACUUGUAACUCUGCAAAGGCAAGCUUUUCAUCACAAACAAGUUUGAUAAGCGACGAGACAAAUACCUUGACUUGUAGCACCAUUCAUCCUUUUACCUCAAUCCAAUAUCAAGAAGAUCAAACCAGUCUCACGAACGUUCACACCCAUUCUCAAGAUUGCAUUAGCAGACAAAAGAGUUUAUGGACAACACUGGAUAGCAUGUCAGCCUCACCACUUCUGUAUGCAGUUCAAUAUGGAGCUCAUGAAGCAUGUGUUUUUCUUUGUAGCCAACCUGCUGUUCAAAGUCAAAUCAAUUUUACCAGGGAUCGAUUUGGAAAUUUGCCUAUUGUCCUUGCUCUGAAGAAAAAAGAUUUCGAAUUGUGUGAUUUGUUGCAACUAUUUGGAGCAAAAUUUGACGUGAUUGGAAGCGUAUCAUUAGGUGAAUCACUUCUUCACACAGCUCUAAGAGAACAUGAUAUUGUAACAAGUGAAUAUCUCGCAAAGAAGAAUCCAAAAAUUAUUUUGAAAAAGAAUCAGAGAGACGAGGUGGCAUUGUUUAAAGCGCUUCACGAUUUCAGACCAACAGGUACUAACAAACAAAUGACAGUCUCAGUUCCAGGGAAUCCAAACUCACCACCAAAAAACACCAAUGUAAAAUCAAACAAAAUUGUUAGAGAUUCAAAUACUCUUGGUAGUCAUGCCGCCACACUAAAAGAGUUCUUGGAAAAGGCUCCUGAAUGGUUUGGCAAUGAUUUACUCGAGAAAGCUGUCACAUGUAAGAAUAGUUUUGGAAGAAAUAUUUUACUUGAAUCUGUUGCCAUUAAUGAUAUUGACUCAACGAAAGUAAUUUGUGACUACAUUUCCAGAAAAUUGGAAAUGUGUGUUGGAAGGACAAGGAAACAAUUUGAGGAUAUGGUGUUUGAGCCAGAAAAGAUCAAUUCCAUGAACAUUCUUCAACUAGCUACUCAAAUCUCACUUCAAGUUUGUACUUACAGGUCUGAAGAAACAUUUGUUGUAUAUAAUGGACUUUGUUGGCUUUUUGAAUGGUUAAAGAAGACUUUUUCUAUGUCAUGUCCUCAUGCUCUCGCACAGUUGUUCACCUCAAAAGAUGCAAAAGGAAGAACAGCCAUAGAAAUAGCUGCCAAAGAAGUCGAAAACAAUUUCUCCUGUCAUAUGUUCCAUCAGUUACUGUGUGAAACUGAAUUGACCUGGAAAUCCCUUGUCCCAGCUUUAACUUCUGAAAAUUCUUUGCCCUCAAUCAACAUCAGUUCACCCUCAAAGAGUGGUUCCUCAUCCUCAGAGACCAUGACACUCUCUCCAUCGCCGUCUUUUUCUUCCAAUAUCAACAACAAUGGCAACCAGGGUGGCUUCUUUUCCAAACUGAAAUCGAAACUGCAAAAACGUAAUUCCUCAAGGAAUCUCAAAGAAUAA